AACCGCCGAGCACAAAGGGCGAGCCGGAGCCCAGGAGGCGUACAAACGACCCUCCUCCCGCCUUUCCGCAUAUUGGCUAUUGGGCCUCCCCCCUCCACGUGAGCGCCGCCCACGGGAACAUAUUUAUUCUGGGGAUGCACAGGGCACGCCAGGUACGGUCUGGCCUGCGUCAUCGUGCUUUUCCCAUCCAUCCCUUGGACACACACUAUGGCUCAAGCCAUCCGGAGAAGACUAGGCAAUCCCGCCCUCUUCAUUUGCGACUUGCAAGAAAAGUUUCGCCCGGCCAUCCAUGAAUUCCCCAAGGUCGUCGCCACGGCGCAAAAGAUGCUCAAGGCCAGCCACAUUCUCAACAUCCCGGUCAUCGCGACGACGCAGAACCGCGCCCGCUUAGGCGAGACGUGCGCGGAGCUGGGCCUCGAUAGCCCCGGCGGCAUCCGCACCAAGGUCCACGCUGACAAGACGCUCUUCUCCAUGUGGACCCCGGAGGUGCAGUCGGCGCUGACGCAGGCGGCGCAGAGCAGCCUGGCCGCGCAGCAGAAGCACGAGUGCAUCAUUGUGGGCAUCGAAUCGCACAUCUGCGUGACGCAGACGACGCUCGACCUGCUGCGCGACGGGCACAAGGUCUAUGUUCUCGCCGACGGCGUGUCCAGCUGCAACAAAGAGGAGGUCCCCAUUGCGCUGGCCAGGCUCCGGGCCGAGGGCGCCGUGGUGACGACGAGCGAGAGCUUCCUCUACGAGUGCAUGGGCGACGCGGGCAUCGACGAGUUCAGGCAGAUCGCCAAGCUGGUCAAGGAGACGAAGGAGAGCACCACUCAGAGCCUGCAGGCGCUCUGCAAGAUAUAACUAGUCAGAGAUGCCAUCUUGCGUCUCCCCGCAAGCCCCUGCAUAUGGAGGAAUGUAUGUAGAAUGCUCACGUGAGGCUCAACCAUGUCACGGCAGUGCAUUCGUGCUGCCGAACUGAAAUGAUGCACGGCCCAAAUGGCCAAUGAAGGGCGGCCAUUGCGAUUGCGA